AUGACCGACUCUCUCAAGACUCCCGAUGGAAAGGACUUCCGCUUCUCUCCCCUCAUGGUCUUGAGGGACCUCCCUCUCCCUCUCCUCGAGCCAUUUGACCCUUUCCCCGAGGGCGACUUGGCCGGUCUCAAGGUCCUUGUCAAGAUAACCGGCAAGUGCACAACCGACACCAUCUCCGCAGCCGGUCCCUGGCUCAAGUACAAGGGCCAUCUCCCCAACAUCAGCACCAACACCCUUAACACUGCCGUGAACGCCGAGACGGGCGAGGUCAACGCCGCCUACGACCUCGACGGCUCGAAGCACACUAUCCCCGAGCUUGGCCAGCUUUGGAAGGAAAGGAACCAACCCUGGCUCGUCGUGGCCGAGCACAACUACGGUGAAGGCAGUGCCCGAGAGCACGCCGCGCUCCAGCCUAGGUACCUCGGUGCACGUAUCGUCUUGGUCAAAUCGUUUGCCCGUAUCCACGAGACCAACCUCAAGAAGCAGGGCGUCGUGCCGCUGACCUUUGAGAACGAGGCCGACUACGACCUGAUCGGCGCCGGAGACGAAGUCGGUACCGUUGGGCUGUACCAGAUGCUUCAGAACGGCGGCAACGGCGAGGUCAGCAUCGUAGUAAAGAAGAAGGACUCUGGCGAGGAGGUUCAAAUCAAGACGAAGCAUGCGGUAACCAAGGACCAGGCUGGCUUCAUCCUCGCUGGCAGUGCCCUUAACCUGCUGUCGAAGCAGGCGGCUGCGUAA